CCAGGCGCCAAGGCCCGGCCAGGCGCCAAGGCCCGGCCAGGCGCCAAGGCCCGGCCAGGCGCCGAGGCCCCGCCAGGCCCUGAGGCCCCACCAGGCCCUGAGGCCCCACCAGGCCCUGAGGUCCCACAGAAGUGGACACAGACCCCUGAAGAACUGGCAUUUUACGCCCCGAAUUAUGUGUGUUUGACACUCAUCGCUGUAGUGUUUUUCCCUCCCCUGGGACUAAUAGCUGUCAUCUUCUGCAUAAAGACCUGGAGAGCCAACAGGAAGAGCGAAUGGGAGAAAGCUUACGUCAACUCAGGCCGAACUGGUUGGCUGGAUGUAUUCGCCAUACUCAUUGGUUUAGGCCUCAUUUAUUACUAUGCCCUAUUUAUGUGAGGGCCAGUAGCUCAGUGGUCCACCCCCAGCAGGACCCAAGCACGGAGUCGCUAUCCAGCCAAAUCAGCCACCAUUUGAGAAACCAACAGUCGAUCCAUCCCCUGGCCAGCAAACCCAGCAGCCAAGGAACUCAACAACAACCAAACAACUCAUUAGCCCAGGACCUACACCCACCACUUGACCUCUGUGUUCUUCCACCUUGGAGAUCUGCACUGUCACACCCUAGGGUCCCCAUAGCUCCUUGAUACUGGGCUGCUCCAUCAAAGAAAUAUUUAUUUAAAUGAAUAAAACUGAAGGGAAUGUUCUGGCCUCUCACGCGUGCGCGUGU